AUAUUUUAAGUCACAAUUCACAAAAAAAACUCUGUUACGGAUUAGAUUGAUUAAACAGAAGUUCUGUCUGAGAUCUUGCGGCGAAAAAAAACAAACCACUAGAUUUAUUGUCAUACAAUGUAUUAAAAUUGUGACGCUCUAAUCAGUGAAACUUAAAACGCUUUUUGAAAUAAAGAAUGAAAUACUGCACGAAUGUUCUUUGUUAAUAACCUACCUUAAGUCCUGUCUUUUAAACGAUUUGAAUUCGAUAUGUUACUAGAAGGACUAUUUUGCUUCGUUCUUCACCAUUUAGAAGUUUGAUAGUUUGUCAUUCUCUAUGCGCAAAAUACACGCUUACCAAUAAUGGCGAAUCGCUAAUGGCUGAUCGAUAUCUACAGGUAUGGACGAUAAGAUAACACAGAUAAAUGUACUUAUUGACAUGGAGUGUCUACUCUCCGUAUUAAAACAUCCUGCUAGGACGGAUAAAGCAACUAACAAUUACACAAGCGUUCACAUUCAAUAUCGACCGGAAUAUGUUUAUUUGCAUACGAAUUUGGAUUUUUAUAAAAUAAAAAUUAAUUAAUUCCUUGCAAAAGAAAACGUGGAAAGAGAUGGGAUAAUAUAUAUAAUGUUCGUUACAAAUAAAUAUCAGUUUUGGACCAGGAACAUAGACACUAGUCACAGGAGAUAUGGAAGAUAUAUCAAGAGAUAUCGACCAAAAAUUUGUGCAAGAAAGAGAAGUUCCAAAAACUGAUAACGACAGUGCUUUAAUUGAUUCAAAUUCCGAAUCACAAACAAAGUCUGAAACGAACAAUAAUGGAAACCAAAACUUUAAAGCAGCAAAGGGAGAAGAGUCGCUUUAUCAUGUUAUAGAGAAAGUCCAAACGGAAGCUGUGAGUGAGAUAAAACCUGAUGAUCAUGCUGAAGAAGGAGGUUAUAGUGGAGAAAAUGAUGGAGGAAAAAAUCAAACAAGAAAAUGUGAUGCCUGUUUGUUUGAUAAUAUUGACGAAAAUGCAACUUCAUUCUGUGUGGUUUGUGUCGAGUAUCUAUGCGAAGGUUGUGCUCGCGACCAUAGAAGGAGCAAAGCAACAAGGAACCACACAGUAUUAAUUCAUGAUGAAAUACCGAAGGAUCCUUCAGUUUUCAAGAUGAUGAAGUCAUUGGUGUCCUGCUCGGACCAUCCCGAAAUGGAAGUGCUCUUUAAAUGUGGAAAACAUCAGAAGUUUAUUUGCACUAAAUGUUUAGUCGUCAAUCAUAGGAAAUGUGAGGAAGUAACAGAGGCUUCAAAGGUAAAUAGAUCUCUUAUUGGUGAUGAAACCGAAUCUUCAUUGUUAUUGACGUUGAAAAAAAUCCAUGACGUGACUGUUUCAGUACGGAUUGGGAAAGAAGAAAAUAUCGAGAAACUACAUCUGGACAAUAUUUCUGUUGAAGAAGAACGAUCAGAAUUCAUCAAAAGUCUACAAGAGCAUUUGGUUAAGCUUGGUGAAAGUUCUAAAACACAAAUGGAAAUAAUUUUAGCAAAGAACCUUAAAGCAUUAGAAGAAGAAGUAGAUAAAUGUAAGAAAAUAGAAAACCAAGAAAUUAAAUACACAGAGUUACUUAAUGUCGCAUUGAAUUAUGGUAGCAACGUUGAACUUAACGUGAUUUCUGAAUUAAUAGAACAAGAAGCCGAAAACUUAGAAACUGAAACUAAGAAGCUCAAAGCAAAUGUAGCUGUUCGGCUAAAAUUCGAAAGGAGCCAAAGUUUCGCAGAUAUAGCAGCAAUUGGAAAUGUACAUGUCUUUGAAGACAAAAGAGAUAGUUGUAAGGAUGAAAACUUGAGCGACGUUAUAAAUGAGAAAUCAUCGACCACUGGUGAAAGUUUGCACAAAGUUCCAUUAAUGCAAAGUGCAGUUAGUAGAACAAAAACCAUGCAUGAUCUUCAUCAAACUAACAGUAGCGCCAUUAUGAAAUGUUCUAUAAAUAGUAUGAUGGUUUUGUUGGAUGGGCGAGUUGUUGUAGCAGACUACAACAACAAAAGUAUCAAACUCCUCGGGUUAGAUUUUUCUGUCAUGAAUGAGUAUAAACUGUAUGGAAAACCAAUAGACAUGUGCGAAACUUCUAACAAUAAAUUCGCUGUUUUAUUUGAUGGUAUGAAAACGGUUAGUGAAUAUAUAGUCAGCGAGAAUACUGUUUAUGAUUAUGGUGGGUGGUUCCAGACGAAACUCUAUCCAAUAAGUAUUACUAAAUAUCAAGCAAUAGUUGAUCACGUUGUUAUUUUGUUUUCUGACAUUGAUAAAAACACACAAUUAAACAGAUAUAACAGUACUAUUGAGGUGCAGGUACGUCGUAUAGAUAAUGCUAUAAUUAAGCGGUUUACUGCCUUCAACUUUGAAAUCAAUUCAUCCCCUGAAAUGAAUGUAGCGAAGACUGGUCGAAUUUAUGCGUUGCCAAAAGUUCACAACGCGUUCCUGAUUUCAGAAAACGAGAAGCUGCGUUGCUUUACGAUAGAUCUUGCAAAAACAAACACUCUUAAAGAAAACUGGUGCUACAUGAGCUCAGAUACAUACAGUGUUAUAAAUGAAAUAACUGAUAUUGAUACGGAUAAGGAAGGAAAUAUAUACGUUUGUAUGAAAGGUUCAAAAAACAUCCAUCAGAUAUCAGGUUCCAACUUUAUGAACAACAGAGUACUGCUAGCGGUACCAGGAACCCCAAUGUCUGUCUGUGUAGAUGACGAUAGGAGACGCGUACUCAUUGGGUGCGAGAACGAUGACUUUAUCUACGUGGCAACAUUAGAGUGACAAUUAAUGAAAAGGUUAUCAGAAAGAGGAAAAAUUACAAACGCAAGAUAUUGCAAGAGGACGCGUUGCACUAAUUUUUUAAAGUAGGUGGUACUAAUAAUCAGAUUCAGAAACUUAAACACUUUUUAUAGUUGUUCACAUAUAUAUUCAUGUAAUUCUCUUGUCAGAUGCACGAAAAGUGAUAAAAAAGAGGUAAAUGAAUGCACUUAAAGCUCCUCGAUAUAAAUAUGAAUAGUAUGGUAGCACUGCUAAUUAUGUCUCCCCCCCCCCCCCCACCCCCCUCUGGGGGAGACAUAUUGUUUUUGCCCUGUCCGUCCGUACGUCACACUUCAUUUCCGAGCAAUAACUGGAGAACCAUUUGACCUAGAACCUUCAAACUUCAUAGGUUUGUAGGGCUGCUGGAGUAGACGACCCCUAUUGAAUUUGGGAUCACCCCGUCAAAGGUCAAGGUCACAGGGGCCUGAACAUUGAAAACCAUUUCCGAUCAAUAACUCGAGAACCACUUGACCCAGAAUGUUGAAACUUCAUAGGAUGAUUGGCCAUGAAGAGUAGAUGACCCCUAUUGUUUUUGGGGUCACUCCAUCAAAGGUCAAGGUCACAGGGGCCUGAAUAUUGAAAACCAUUUCCGAUCAAUAACUAGAGAACCACUUUACCCAGAAUGUUGAAACUUCAUAGGAUGAUUGGUCAUGAAGAGUAGAUGACUCGUAUUGUUUUUGGGGUCACUCUGUCAAAGGUCAAGGUCACAGGGGCCUGAACAUUGAAAACCAUUUCCGAUCAAUUACUAGAGAACCACUUGACUCAGAAUGUUGAAACUUCAUAGGAUGAUUGGUCAUGUAGUGUAGAUGACUCGUAUUGUUUUUGGGAUAACUCUGUCAAAGGUCAAGGUCACAGGGGCCUAAACAUUGAAAACCAUUUCCGAUCAAUAACUUUAGUACCACUUGACCCAGUACGUUGAAACUUCAUAGGAUGAUUGUACAUGCAGAGUAGAUGACUCCUAUUGAUUUUGGAGUAACUCCAUUAAAGGUCAAGGUCACAGGGGCCUGAACAUUGAAACCAUUUCAGGUCAGUAACCUGAGAACCACUCGACCCAGAAUGUUGAAACUUCAUAGGAUGAUUGUUUAUGCAGAAUAAAUGACCCCUAUUGUUUUCGGGGUCACUCCGUUAAAGGUCAAGGUCACAGGGGCCUGAACAUUGAUAACCAUUUCCGAUCAAUAACUUCAGAACUUCUUGAUCCAGAAUGUUGAAACUUCAUAGAAUGAUUGAACAUGCAGAGUAGAUGACCCCUAUCGAUUUUGGGGUCACUCUAUUGAAGGUCAAGGUCACAGGAGCCUGAACAUGGAAAACAAUUUCCAAUCAAUAACUUGAGAACGAACCACUUGACCCAGAAUGUUGAAACUUCAUAGGAUGAUUGAACAUGCAGAGUAGAUGACUCCUAUUGAUUUUGGGGUCAGUCUAUUAAAGGUCAAGGUCACAGGGGCCUGGUCAUGUAAAAUCAUUUCUGUAAAAAAAAAACUUGAGAACCGCUUGACCAAGAAUGUUGAAACUUAAUAGGAUGAUUGGACAUGCAGAGUAGAUGACCCCUAUUUAUUUUGAGGUCACUUGAUCAAAGGUCAAGGUCACAGGAGCCUGAGCAGUGACUUGAGAACCACUAGGCCAAUAGUGUUGAAAUUUAGCGGGAUGACUGGACAUGCGAAGUAGAUGAUCCCUAUUGCAGCCAACCAUCAGUGUCUCUUUGACUUUCACUCCUGACCCCUAAUGACUUCUUGCCUAUAGGACUUUGCAUUGGGGGAGACAUGUCUUUUUUUACAAAAGCAAUUUCUAGUUUAAAUGUAGUAUUUAAACAGACGUUAAAACAAGCUCAAAUUUGGGGAAACGACACAAAAACACAUGUCAAUCACACUAACGUCCAUCUUAAAUUCUUUGAGAAUCAAAGUUUCAAAGGCUUGUCUUCGAUUGGAUCAAUUUCCCGUUUCAACGUUUUAAAGGGAAGAAGACGGAUGACAUGCUUCAUUGAAGACAAAGAAUAUUGGAAAGUUCUAGCGAUGCUUUAAAUGAUAGGCAACCACACAGUGAAGAUAUUGUCGCACGGAAGACAAGACAUACCAGAAGAGAUCUGUAGAAUAAUAACCCUUUAAUGCAUAGUACGGUCAGUAGAACUAGAGUUAUACGUGUACGGUACGGGAUUAGAAACGGCUGUGACUCAAUGCAGAGUUUGAGCGCUGGUAUAAAUAACAGACUCCAGUAUAUGUCGGAUUGAAGCAAUUUGAACUAAAAGUACUUUAAAUGUAUAUAUUUUGUAACCAUGGUGAUACUUACCCUAACCUUUAGUCAGUAUAUUAUACAUUUUGUACAUUAAAUGCAUGCGAACAUACAAUAAUUUGCGAAUUUUUGCCGUACGCGACAUUAGAUAAUCACUUCCGGGCAUGCGCAGAAAACCGCACCAACUCUGCAGUGAGCUACAUCGAUUAGAAACACAACCAAAUUGGCACGGUGUUAGGGUAAAUAUCGACCCGUACGGAAAAACUGUAGCGAGAGCCUUUAAAAUAACUCCUAUAAUUACAAGAUAUAUGAUACACUAAUAAUAACCGUUCUUAAAGCUUUACCGUAUGGAUACGUGUUUCUAAAAUGUAUAUUCCUAGCAAAAAAAAGGUAUUUGAAAAUUUCCUUGUAAGAUUUUUUUCAAAUCUCGAAUGUCUAAACUUUGAAAGCAG